AUGCUAGAUGGGGACAACAAAUCAUUUAAAAAUAAGAUUGUGGAAGGAGAAGCGACGACCAUCGAUCGGUAUCCGUUCCAAGUAGCACUGUUGGAGUCAGAUACUCUGGAAUGGUUUAACCAGAGGUGGGGAGGCACUAUUUUAAACCAGAGGUCCAUUCUCUCAGCAGCGUAUUGUUUCUGGCCGUGGCCGUCCCCGCCCGCUGCGUUCUACCGUGUCCGCGUGGGUUCCUCAUUCGCCAACAGGGGCGGAGUCGUCCACAAUGCCGCCAGGAUAAUCGCUCACCCGUUCUAUAACCCUUCGACACAGGACAACGAUAUAGCUAUCGUGCGACUGGCAACUAGGAUUACGUUUAAUAUUAAUACUCAGCCAGGACCUAUCGCUGGAGCUAACUAUAAUUUGGCUGAUAAUGAGGUGGUCUGGGCGUCCGGGUGGGGCUUAUUAAGAGAUGACAGUCAGCAUGAGCAACUCCGACACAUCCAAGUCCUAGUAAUCAACCAGACAACCAGGGUGUGCAGACAUCGUCACCGCGACCCCGGCUCUGAAUUCAUCACCGAUAAUAUGCUCUGCUCUGGAUUGCUAGACAUGGACGCCAGAGACCAGUGCGCUCAGGACCUUGGGGGCCCCCUGACCCACAACGGCGUCGUGGUGGGGGUGUGUUUGAUGGAGCAGGUGUGCGGUGAUCCGUGGUACCCAGCUGUAAACGUUAGGGUCUCUAGAUACACUAGCUGGAUCCAAGCAACUGCUUAAGACAUUUGGUUUUAGUCUGUUAUUAAUUGGUACGAUAUUAAAGUUUUGUUCCGUU